GGAUUCGACCAUGGACCUUCAUGAUUAGACAAUGUUGGAAUAGUAAUUCGGGAUUGCCAAAUGUCAAUGACUUUUUUCUCGAUUCUUGCAAUUUAUAAGUUCGAGCUGUAUGCAUUGAACAAGACAUGAACUAGAGGUCCUCCGUGAAAUUAUUUGACUGAGAGAAUUUCAAUAUUCCUUGAAUUCCAUCGAAGCCAGUGAUUGACGUUAUCUCUAUCUCCACAUCACAGUUUCUGCCAUGGCUAACGCCCUAGAAGAUACCAUUGCUCAGAGUCUGGAGUGUUCUAUAUGUUUCUCUACCUACACUGAUCCAAAGAUCCUGUCUUGUUCUCACACCUACUGCAAAGCCUGCAUAGACAAGCUCUUGAAAUACCAUGAAAAUAAACAGAGGAUACGGUGCCCUGUCUGCAGAGCUGAAACCAACGUCCCAAACCAAAAUGCCAGCAAGCUACCAACAAAUCUAGCUUUAAGGAAUCUUAUUGAGGACAUGAAGAAACAACACCAGCUUUGCACGAAUUGUAAAUCCGAUGAUAAUCCCCAUGCUGAGGUCUACUGCCAAGACUGUGGCAAGUACCUCUGUACCUCUUGUCACAACAAACAUACUCAGUGCAAAGACUUUAAAAGACAUGAAGUCAUAGCCAUGAAUGAGAUCUCAUCAGGGAAGGUAUCAGUGCGUAAAUUCAAAAAAUGCAAGAAACACCCAAAGGAAGAUGAGGAGUGCUUCUGUUCAAGCUGUAGAAAAUUUGUAUGCUUCAGGUGCGUUGUUGCAGAUCAUGCGGGGGAAAGACGUCAUCAGAUCAUCAGGCCAGAUGCUUACGAGCACAGCCAUGUAGAGCGUAUGAACGACCUGGAGUCUAAAGUUGACCACAAGAGUUCUUGCUUACAGAAGUAUGUUAAUUUCAUUGAUGGUGAGAAGGUACGUGUGAGGAAAGCUAAGAAGCAGUGUGUAGACAAAAUCACUGAAGCAUAUGACGCCUUAGUCUUGCAGUUGACAGAGAAUAAAAACAAUCUAAUUGAUGAAGUCAAUGGUAGGGCUAAAUGUGUAGAUAAAGAUCUGGACAAAAUGAAAAAAUCUGUAUUAGAGAACAUCAUUGACUUGACCACCAUAGCUGGCAUGGCCAUGAAUAGAAAAAAGGUGCCAUUUGAUAUCGAUUCUUUGGCUGUACACGAAACUUUAUGUGAAGACUUAAGAGAGGUCCUCAAUGAGGAAGAUCCUGACUACGAGAAGCCGAGAAAAUCAAGCAAAGAGGUCAAAAGUGUCAGCUUUGAGAGGAACGUUGAAAAUGACAAGCUAGAACUGGGUAAGAUUGUUAAUGUUCCUGGAGUUCACAUUGUUUUGCCCAGAAACAAUAGUAUGAAUACAAUGGUUUGUACACCAGACGGGAGAAUGGCAGUGGGAAGUUCGGCGGGCGGCACGGAUAUCAUCUCUGCCGAUGGUCAACUCCAGAAGACAGUUCUCAAAGAUGUAAUUAACAUUAGUGGAUUAGAAUUCCUUUCUGAUGGUAGAUGUGUUGUACUCGAUGAUUUAAACACCAUCACAUUGUACACACCAGAGUACAAAAAGAUGAAUUUAGCAUUCAAUACUAUUGGUGUUGAUGAAGGUGAAAUCGCUGACCUUACCGUUGACAGUGAUGAUCGGAUCUAUGUAAGCUACAGAAAAGCCAAGAAGAUCCAUGUGUUUUCAUCAGAGGGGAUUUUAGAAGCAAAUAUACCAUGCCAUGGAUAUGAACCUCAUCAAAUCAGAAGUUACAAUGAUUCACUAAUCAUUUCAUCAUAUUUCUUCUGCAGAGUGGGAUUAAUAACUGAUAAACAAUGUGUUGUGAAACAUACAUUAAAGUCAUCUCUUGAAGGACUGUACCCUGCUGUAUCUCAGCGGAAUACAAUCCUGAUCGCCAAAGUGAAUCACGAUAAGGGUUUGGUAAGCAUUGGUGAGUACACCAACGGGCUGAAGCGUAUUGAGAACCUCGUUGAUAAUUGUAAUAUCGAGAAGCCUGAGAGAGAUUGGUAUUGUCUCCAGCAAUAUCUGUCUGGAGAGAUCGCUUUCUGCACCCCUGAUAAAUUAUAUAUAUUCUACUGAAAAUGAUGGAUCACGCAUAUAUUAUGUUCUUUCGUGCGCGAGAUGAUUUUUUUUUUCUGGCAGAAAAGAACAAAAGCGUAUCUGAUUAGUUCUUGUUUUCGUUUUUACAAACGCAUUUUGUUACUUCUAAAAAUGCAACAAACAAACUUCGGCUUCACUAUGGUAUCUUGUAUUUAUAAUUUGGUCGGCAUGUUUACCCAUCCAGUUGUUCAAUUUUUCAAUGUAAGUUCGUAAUCUCAUGUGGUAUUUAAAUAUUUUUCUGUCCUAUUGCACUGAAAGAUACAACCUAUGCUCAUAUAGUCCUUUAAUUUGGAUUAAAUUAAAGCUUGAAAAUAUUCUAUAUAAGAAGAGGAACUCUUCUGUUCGAUAAGUAGUAUUGAUAUGGUAAUGAUCCACAUGAAUGCUUAGUAUUCCUUUCAUUAUUUAAUGUUGAAAUAAAGUGUGUAAUGUUUAUCUUGUAAAAUCGUGAUCAUGUUUGACCUUAAUGUAAAUAGAUAUGCUUCUCAUAACGGUUUUAAAUCAAAUCCUUUUGAGUAAAUACAUCUAAGAACUAAGUGAAAGUGUCCUGCAUAUAGGACGAUUAACGUGAUAGUAUUUUGUGUGUUUCAACUUCGGUUAUUAUUGUAGUAAAGUAAUACAUUUUCAUUUCUCCUUUUAAUAAAUAACAUUCAUUAAUUCCAUUAUACAUUAGUUGUUUAUAAUCUGGAUAGUGGGUUAAACUGAAAUCAGUUGAAAUUGAGUUAAAUGGACAAACACUAUAUUAAUUCUAUAAGCUAAGUCAUGUUCUUAAAAUGUAUUAAUGUACAUAAUAUUGAUGUUCAUAUUUUCCAUGGCUACUUAACUAUAUAUGGAAAUAAAGGAAACACAAGCGAUGGGCUUUGUGAAAAUACUCGGACACUUACCCCUUUGAAGUAUGUUUUUGGCUAUUAACCCUAUCUAGGCCGGACUAUUUUGGGAGUUCAUAUAGCCGGGGAGGCUUCACUGGCAAUAGGCAGGGUGAUAAUACAUGUAUAUAACAUAUUGAUUGAACGGGUACAAUUAAUAAGUUACAAUGCAUAAGACUUAUCACAUAAAAUAAAAGAAAGCAGAAUGUUAAGAUAUACUUGACUAAAUGGAAUGGAGUACAGUAUGCGGAAAGAGGCAAGCAUGUUCAAUGGAAAAGAAAGGUGACUGUGUAAAUUAAAGAGAGAUGGAGAGAGGGGUCAGAU